AUGGCAUUUCAAUCCAUGCUCAACGGAGCCGAAUGCUCCACUUCCAACAAUGGCCUCGCCCAGAUGCUCAAACAUACACAGCAGGACCGCUCCAUCCAACAUGGCGAUCGCACUUUUGCCGGUCAACCUCAGAUGGGUCCAGCAGGUAUGCGCCAGCAACAUCAAGUCGGUCCCAACUCGGACGCCGAGGCCUUCUUCCGUCAGCAGCAGGGCGCAAACAUGCCAGCGGGCGCCGCUUCCUCCGCUUUCGAUCUUCAAGCGAUGCGCAACGAGCUCAACAACUCGGCCCCCUCAUUCCAACGCCCCAACGCCGGCGCUGCCUGGGCUAACCAGAUGCCACGAACAGGCACUCCUUCCAGCGCAGACAUGGAGGCCGCCUUUGCGAGGGGCGGCGCGCCUGCCAGAUCCAUGCAGCCACCCCCAGGCUCCUCCGCCUGGGCUCAGCAGUUCGGAUCGUCCCAACAUCAGCAGCCGGCCGCUAUGCACCAGAUGCACGGUAGCGGCGAUGCAGGUGGUUCUUCAGGUGCCGCCUACGCGUCUCGACCCAUGAUGGGCUCCUAUGGCGGCAUGGGUAUGGGCAUGGGUAUGGGAAUCGGCGGAAUGGGUAUGAUGGGCAGCAUGGGCUCGAUGCAACAUCAACAGCCACAACAAGCACAGUCUUCCCAGACUCGAUUCACCGAACUCGACGAUGCCAAGUGGGAGGAACAGUUCAAGAAGCUCGACGCUGAACACGCCCAGGUCGAAUCCAAGGGCAAGGGCAAAGCAAAGGACGAGUCCGAGGCCGAUCUCCUCCCCUCAGAAGCCGAGCAAGCUGAGUCGAUCCGACGCGAGCUCGACGCCAUCGAGCAAGAACUCACCGCCGAUGGACAAGAAGCCAACUCGCGCUUCGAGGAUCUUUGGCGUUCCAUGAAUUCCCGCAACGGCAUCCCACCCUCGUCGGCCGACGCCGAGUUGGCCAAGUGGGAGGAAGAGCUGCUCAAGUCACGAACCGAUGACGAUGACAGCGAGCUCUUUGGCUAUUCGCAUCCCUCGGGUGGCCUCGGUGGCGGCAGGGCGGGUCUCGAAGAGAUGGGCGCGCUCGACGGCACUGAAGAGGCGCUGCUCGAUGGCUUUGGCGUCGUGGGUCCCGAUGGCUACCCACGCUUGGGUCAGUACCGCACGAGCCAACAGAAUCCCUUCCAGACGCACCCGGACCCACUCUCCGAGGGCUUGCGUCUGCUAGGCAGCGGCGGCAACCUGUCCGAUGCGGCUCUCCUCUUCGAAGCUGCCACACAGCGCGAGACCCAAGGUGGUACCGGAGGCGAGAUCGAGCGCGGCGAAGUGGACCGAUCGCGUCGUGAACGAUCCGAAGCCUGGCGUAGGCUGGGCGAGUGUCAGGCCAUGAACGAAAAGGAAGCCCAGGCGAUCCGUGCGCUCGAAGAGGCCAUCAAGAUUGACGAGAACAAUCUCGAGGCCUACAUGUCGCUCGCCAUCUCGUACACCAACGAAGGCUACGACACGGCGGCUCACCAAACGCUCGAGCGCUACAUUACGCGUGCCUAUCCCAACAUCAAGGCGGCUCCGUUGCCAGCCGAGAUCUCGGGCGACAAGGAUCCCAUUGAGGGCACACAGGGUAAUCCGUGGGCAAGUCUCAACCGCGUCACCGACCUCUUCCUGCAAGCUGCCAGGCAGGGCAACAGUGCCGGUCAGAUUGACCCCGAGGUACAGGUGGGUCUCGGUGUGCUGUUCUACACCCAAUCCGCCUACGAGCAGGCGCAAGACUGCUUCAAUACCGCCCUCAGCGCUCGGCCCAACGACUUUUUGCUGUGGAACCGUCUCGGUGCCACCCUAGCCAACGGCGGUAAGCCGGAGGAGGCCAUCGCGGCCUACCACAAGGCGUUGGAGCUUCGUCCUACGUUUACACGUGCGAUCUACAACUUGUCAGUUUCAUGUCUCAAUCUGGGCGCGCAUCACGAAGCGGCGGAGCACCUGUUGGCGGCGCUGAGCCUGCAGCAGACGCACACGCUGCCAGAUGUGCCGGAGGGCGAGCAGCCGGCACCCACGCCCUUGUCGGAAGCGGGCGAGAGCCACAAUCUGUGGUCGACGCUGAGGAGGAUCUUUUUGGUCAUGGACCGCAUGGACUUGGCGCAGAAGGCUCAUGUCGGGUCUAGUUUGGAGCAGUUCCGCGGGGAAGGGUUUGAGUUUUGA